CGCAAAGCAACGGUCUGCUUUGGUACAUGAUGGUAGACGAUCAUGUGUUUUCGUUGCAUUUCCUUAUUCGCUGGACCUGUCGCAGCUGCUGAAGUAUCUGGACCCGCUCUGUGCAGGGAAUGGCUCAUCAACGACCAAUCCCAGCUCAGAAAGCAUUCGAAGGAUCCCAGGUCAAGCACAGACCUGGUUGAGCUUCAGAGUCUUGCCAGAGUGAGAAGAUAUCCAUUGUCUUCUCUGUCCAACCUCCAUUUGAAUCAAGAGGAUGCACUUCGCGAGGCCACAGAGCUUCACCGAGCUCACGGGGAUGCUCUGGUCGCGGUGUCAACACCUCGCAGGUUUCAACACGAUGUCGAGCAGACUGCGGAUGCGCUGAGAAAAGUUGCAGCCGAAGCAAAAAUUCACAUUGUGCUUGGGAUAGCCCCUCCAGAGGAUGCGAACUUUGAAGUUCAAGUCGCAACAGUGGUUUCCCAGUUGGCCUCGGGGAUCAGGACGGACGCGGACGCAGAGGGUGGUCUCUUCCCUGGUUUUAUCGGAGAAAUCGAUGCAGCUGACCUCCAAAGCCUGAGAGCAGCGGUUGAGGCACACAGGGUCUCGCAAGCACCACUUCUGCUGGUGGGUGAAAUCUCCCACGAUGCCCUGCAGCUUCUCGAAGGAGCAAUCUGGAGGCGCUGUGCAUUCUUUGACGUCCCAAUCACGAGUCCUAUGUCUGUCGCUGAGCUCCAGGCGCGAGGCGCUUUCAUUGGCUUUAGUGCACCUGCAGGUGCUGCCGACAUUUCUUGGCAGGAAUAUCCCUACCGCAGGCCAUUAAGGACGGAACAGGAUUUCCAUGCCGCCACUGAUUUGCUUUCACUCACAAGCAGUGGUCUGCGCUUUCGGACAGACCUCACGGCAUACGGAGGGCCAGGCCUUGGCUAUGCCGUGGAUCUUGUCUCUGCAGGCAGAGCAGAGCCCUCCCAAUUGACUGCCAAUGCUGUAGCAUUCUUGAGCUAUCCAUGGGUAGCUCCGCUGGCCCCUGAGAAGGUCAUUCACGAGAUUCCUUGCCACUGGUGUGGAACGAAGAAGGUGGAGGGUGAGCACUUCAGCAAGAUGGAUGCGCUGAACUGAGAGGCUUUGACUAUUGCUCGCCACGGUGUAUAGCGCACCAUCGUCGAGCAGACUUCGAUCCCCAAAUUUGUGAAGUGACAAAAAAAUAAGCGCACGGGCACCAUGACACUGCAUACUGGCCGCAGUUUCACAUUGAAGAAAUGUAGGAGAUGGGACAACAAUAUAUUCACAAUUUGAUUUUUG